AGCCCGGCCCUCAGCAUCUUAGUGAGACCCUGUCUCAAAAAUUUAAAAGGGAAGUGGAUGUAGCUCAGUGGCAAAGCGCCCUGGUAUUACAUUCCCUGUAUAUUAAUGAAAGCCCCAAAGGCAUUAAGAUAUAUAUGUUUGGAUCUCAGAUGAGGGGUCUGGACUAGAGAUAUAGAUUUAAGAGUCACUGAAGGUAGAGGUGGUGGUUGCAGGCAAGGAAAUUAAUGAAGAUGACCCCAGUUACUUAUGGAGUGUAAGAAAUGAAAAGAGCCUAAGAAAAAAUUCUGGGGAUAGGUUCACUGUUCAAGAAAGGCAGAAGAGAAGGAAUCCACAAAAGUGAACAAAAAGGACCAACCAGGUAGGUAAGAGGAAAACCAAGAAAAUUGGUAUCACUUGCAUGUAGGCCAAUGGAGAGUCCUAAGCAUGGAGUAGCCACGGGCAUAUAGGCUACAAAAAUCAAAUAAGACCAUAAUGAAGCCAGGAACAGUAGCUUACACCUGUAAUCCCAGUAAUCUGGGAGGUUGAGGCAAGAGGAUUACAAAUUUGAGGUCAUCCUGGACAACAUUGAGAUUCUGUCUCAAAAAAAAAUUAUAAUGGAGAAGUUUCCAAUGAAUGUAGAGGAAAGAGGGCACUAGUGACCUUGGCAAGAACCACGUCAAUGGAGUAAGUUGGGGGAGAAGUAGUUUGGGGAGAGAGAAGGCAGAGGGAGGUGAGGAAGGAAAGAAUUAAAAUUAGGCAACUCUAAAAAAAGUCACACAACUCUAAUCAUGUAGCUGUGAACGGAAGGAAAGAGUGGUAUCGGGAGAGGUUUUUAAAAGCUGGACAAGGGUAAUGGUUAGAAGAGUCCACCCCGGGAAGAUGAAAGAGGGAGAGAGUAGAUUCUAAAGAAGGGCUUGGGGAGUUGUGGAGGGAGGCGAUAAGGACUUGUAUUCAGAAGGGAGAUUGUUCCCUGGGUCACAGGAGACCCUAUCAGUCUGGCAUUUCCUCCCCAUCCUCAUCCCUUUCCUGCCCCUGGCCUGACUCUCACUGGAGCUGGAAGACAGAAGGACGGAGUCACCCCCUGGAAGAAGCUCUGUGUCUUUGGAGGUGUUUCUGUGUGACUGUCCCCAUGUCUCUCCUCCUCUUGUUGCUCCUGCUGCCAAGCCCCUUAUACUCCCAUUCCAUCUGUGACAUCUCCAAACCGGCCAGCCAACUGGAAGUGAACUGUGAAAAACAGAACCUGACAAUGCUGCCUGCAGACUUGCCAGCAGACACAGCCAUCCUUCACCUGAGUGAGAACCUCCUGGUUACCUUCUCCACAGCAUCCCUGGUGCCUCUCACUGGCCUUACUCAGCUGUAUCUGGAUACAAAUCAGCUGAGCAGCCUGCAGACAGUUGGAAUGUUGCCACUUCUGGAGAUACUGGUUAUAUCUCACAAUGAACUGAAAAGCCUGCCAUUCCUAGGGCAGACACUGCCUGCACUCACUAUCCUGGACGUUUCCUUCAACCAGUUGGCCUCAUUGUCUCCUGGUGCAUUGAAUGGCCUCAGCAAACUUGAGGAACUCUACCUGCAACACAACAAGCUGAAGACUCUGCCCCCUGGGCUCCUGGAAACCACCACCCAGCUACAGAAGCUCAAUCUUGCCAACAAUAAGCUCAGUGAGCUACCUCCUGGCCUCCUGAAUGGGUUGGAGGAGCUUGACACCCUCUACCUCCAAGCAAACUGGCUAUACACGAUACCAAAGGGCUUCUUUGGGAAACUCGGCAUUUCUUUUGUUUUUCUCCAUAGCAAUAUCUGGUAUUGUGACUGUGAGAUUCUCUAUUUCCGUCACUGGCUGGAGAAAAACCCCAGCAACGUCUACGUAUGGAAGGAGGAUAUGGAUGUCAAAGACAUGACCUCCAAUGUGACCAGUGUGCAAUGUAGCAAUUUGAACAAAACACCUGUCUAUAACUAUACAGGGGAAAAUUGCCCCCCUAUUGGUGAUGUGGAUGAGCAUGAUUACUAUGAUGAUACCGACAUGGAAGAAACCACAAAGACUAUGGCCAAACUCUCUACCAACACCAAAGCCUAUACAACCCACUGGGACCUACUCUACUCCAAAUCUACCGCUUCUCUGACUCAAAUGCCCUCUUUGCCUCCAACUGAAGAAUUCACCAAGAGACAGACCAUAUUCCUACAUAGACAGAUCCCAGAUUCCUCCACAUUCCCAACAGCCAUAGAAUCUACCACAUUAUCCAAAAGUCUAAAACCUACUAAUGAACCCAUCACAACCCUGACCACACCAAACUCAAUCAAGCCAGAACCCCCAACUACCCCAGAGCCCACCACAAUCCUGACUUCCCCACAGCCUACUACUGCCUUGAUCUCCCCGGAGACCACCACAACCCUAAUUAUGUCAAUACCCCCAAUCUCAAUCACCCCAGAGCCUAUCAUAGCCCUGACCUACCUGGAGGCCACCACAACCCUGACUUCCCCAGUGGCCACUACAGCCCUGACCUCUCCAGAGCCUACCACAGCCUUGACCUCCCCAGAGGCUAUCAUAACCCUAACCAUGUCAGUACCCCUAACCUCAAUCACUGCAGAGCCCACCACAGAAUAUACCUCAUUCCCUACUAACUCAGGCUCCCUCACAAUCUCUCCUGAAUCUGAAAUGGUCUUAGCAGCUCAAGGGAAUUUUCACAGCGCCAGAAAUUACCCUUUUCUCAACCCUGACAUUUGCUGCUUUCUCCCCUUGGGCUUCUACAUCUUGGGUCUCCUCUGGCUCCUGAUUGCCUCUAUGGUCCUUAUCCUACUGCUGACCUGGGUCUGGCAUAUGAAACCACAUGCCCUGGACUCUGACCAGUCUGCUGCCCUGGCCACAGCCAUAGAAACCACAUAUCUGGAGGUGCAGAGGGGAAGGCAAGUGACUGUGCCUCGGGCCUGGCUGCUCUUCCUUCAAGGAUCACUCCCCACUUUCCGUUCUAGCCUCUUUCUGUGGGUACGGGCUAAUGGUCGCAUAGGGCCUCUGAUAUCACGACGGUGGCCCUCAGCCUUGAGUCAGGGUCGUGGUCAGGACUUGCUGGGAACAGUGAGUAUUAGGUAUGCUGGCCACAGCCUCUGAAGGUGGGUGGUUCGGAGGACCUUGAGUGUCUGAUGGUCUCUCCUAUUGGAAUUUGGCUGAGGGCAAGCCCACAGCAUCAGAGGAGGACUUAAUUACAGUUCCUUUAUUUGAAGCCUCCUCUUCAUAUCCAGACACUCAACUCCAGACUGUACAAAUCAAGAGGGGUAGUGAGAUGAUGGAGUUGUGAGGGUCACAGAACCAAGCUCCCUAGGUUAAUGGAGUGUUGUCAGGCCACAUGGUUAGUUUGGGGAAAUUUAAGGAAAAGCAGAUAAACAGAAUACUGCAUGGCUCCUACAGGCAUCCUUACAUAGAAGAAAAUUUGUGAUUUAUCAAGAUGAGAGCACUGAUUAUCUUUGAGUAUCAUAAAUAUGGAUCCCCCCCUCUGCUUAGUGUUUUAUAUUUCUCGACCAUCACUGUACGUUAUUUGUAGAAUAAAAAAAAAUAAAAAAAGAAAAUGUAGUUUCUUUUGGAACCAAAGUGGUUGAGGGGCUUGUUAAAAUAAUUCCCAAGGUC